AUCUGGAUUUUGCUAGUCUUGCCAAAGGUUUUGCAUUGUUAAAAAUGCCAAAGAUGCCUGAACUAAGAGGAAAAAGUUUUCCGGACUUUACUCCAGUCACCGUUAAUACAGACUCCAUUUCAUUUAAGGAUAAAAACAGAGAAAAACAGAGACAAAAGCAAUUAGAACAACAAAGAAAAGAAAGAGAGGAAAAUGGAGGGAAAAAGAAAUUUAUAAAGAACAAGGCCUGGUCAAAGCAGAAAGCCAAGAGGGAGAAGAAGAAGAAAGUUACAGCUAAAAGGAGGCGUGAGGAGGGCUCCGAUAUUGAAGACGAGGAUAUGGAAGAGCUGCUGAAUGACACCAGACUCUUGAAGAAAUUAAAAAAAGGAAAAAUUAGUGAAGAAGAGUUUGAGAAGAGACUAACAGGCAGCCAGAACAGACUCAAAACAGAAACUGUUGCUGACUUAGAGUCUGAAGGUUGACAGUUACUCUAACCAUGCUUUAAUCUUAAAAUACUGCCUAUUUCAAUAAAACUGUUAUCUUCAUAACAAAA